GCAGGGUCUUAUCUUCUCUGCCUCACCCUGCAUGCUUAUCUGACACCCGGGUGGAAGUGUAUUUUUUCACAAGGCAACAAGGGUGAGAUCGACGCUCAGGGCUCUUGAAUAGCUGGUUGUGCUUUUGCUCGGAUGGGACGUCGUCCCGUCAUGCCCGCGAGUAAGUUGGCUUGGAGGGCCCCUCGUAGUGAUGGCAUCAUCCCGCUGCCAGAGUCGUGGUGGAGUGCCCGUGGGUUGGCUGGACACGCCGAGACGUGACGGAUGAUGUUGUGCGGAUUCGCUCCCCUCCAGACCGUCAUCUUGAGACUACAUGGGGCCCAGGGUACAUCAUGGACUCCUCCAGGUACAUCAUUGUCUCCUCCACGUUAGCGGUUCCACAUCUCCCCCCAUGGGUAUGCGUGGUACUUGGUUGUUCCUCCAUCCUGCCUCUGCGCCUCUGGGGGACACAGGUUGGUCAACUCACCAGAAAGAAGCCAGUUUCCUCUGUUUCUCCCUUGUCUUGCAAGACGGUGCGAAUGCUAUAAGUAUCCGGCGUUGACCCAACUUUUUUCCACUCGCCAUUCUCAAUCAGGCAGAGUGCAACAUUCAUCGACUCGUGCGGGUGCAUAUUGUUUAACUCUGGGAGACACAUUUCUUUUAUAUUCCUAGCUCUUCCCCAUCCACGGACUUCUGUCACCCUCGCUGGAGCAAAUCGUCCGCGAACCUUCCCCAGAUUCCCCAGAUAUUACCACGUUUUUCAGCAUGGCAGCACCCCAGAGGCCGGCUGCCCCCCUGCGCAGCAUCUCCGCUUCUUCCUUUGCUGAGACGUUCCGUGCGGCUCGCAGGAAGGUCGACAGGGACUUCGAGGACCUUGACGAGCAGAUCUCGCCUGAUUCCGAGGCGUCUCUCUCCCCAGAACUCACAGCUUCCGGAGGUGCUACUCCGAAAAGUCUUGCGUCACCCAUCUCGGGGCUGGUCACCCCGGUGCCGGAUCAGGAUGUAGCAGAUGACUUUGCCUUCGCGUUCGACAUUGACGGCGUGCUCGUCCGCGGAGGUCGACCCAUCCCUGAAGCCAUCGAGGCAAUGAAGGUCCUCAAUGGUGAGAACGAAUAUAACAUCAGAGUCCCAUACAUCUUCCUCACAAAUGGUGGUGGUAAAUCAGAAGAGGAGCGCUGUGGCGAUCUCUCCCGACAACUGGAGCUGGAGGUCAGCCCCGGCCAAUUCAUCUGCGGACACACUCCCAUGCGGGAGCUCGCCGAUCAAUACAAGACGGUGCUCGUUGUCGGUGGUGAGGGCGAGAAGUGCCGACAGGUCGCCGAGUCAUACGGCUUUGUCGACGUUGUCACCCCGGGCGACAUUCUCAAGGCCAACCACCACACUGCACCAUUCCGCAAACUCUCAGAGACAGACUACAACAACUCGAGGAACCUGCUGGAGCGGGGUGACCUCAACGAUGUCGUUAUCGAGGCUAUCUUCGUCUUCGCUGACAGCAGAGACUGGGCCGGCGACCUGCAAAUCAUCCUGGACAUUGCCAUGUCCAAGGGUGGCCGCCUCGAGACUCGCUCCGAAACCUUCGAGGAGUCGCCGCCAAUCUACUUCAGCCACAACGACGUUUUGUGGUCGGCGGGUCACGAGCACCCUCGCCUGGGCAUGGGUGCCCUGAGGCAAAUCGUUGAGAACACCUUCACAUCUGUCACAGGAGGCAAGAAGCUUGAGACACACGCCUUUGGCAAGCCCCAGGUCGGCACUUUUGAGUUUGCCACAAGGCUGCUCAAGCAAUGGCGGGCUAACCAGCACGGUCUUCCCAUCAGCCGGGCUCCUCAGACCGUCUACUUCGUCGGCGACACUCCCGAGUCUGACAUCCGCGGCACCAACCUCAUGGAUGCCAAGAGCAAGGAGGAAUGGCACUCCAUCCUCGUCAAGACAGGUAUCUACCAGGACGGUACCGAGCCGGCCUACAAGCCAAAGGCAACUGUCAACACCGUGCUGGAUGCCGUCAACUACGGCAUCAAGCGCGAAAUGGAGAAGAAAAAGACCGUCGAGAAACAGCGCGGCGAUGCGGCCACCAAGGACAUCGUUGCCGAGAAGCUUAACAGCAUCACGAUCCUCGACCAGGACAGCCUCGACGUCGUUGAUGUGAGCUGAACGACACAUCCACGACCAUUGUACUACCAUUUACAUGAUUGAUGACACGGCCGCUGCGCGAUCAUAAAUCAAAGACGAUAAAAAAAGAUGAAGAUACGCCGAUAAAAACAGCAUCCUAAACAUAGAUUCGCAGAUAGACUGGCAUUUGUCUGGGUGUCAUGUUUCGAUAGAGAUUGGAGUGUCUGGGGUUUUGGUUGCGCCCCCGCCCACCUGACUGGACGGACAGAUCGCUUGGGAUGGAAAUCAUCACAUGCUGGAUCGCACCAAGCAAGGUCAGCGGACGAAGUAAGCCUGCCGCUGCGGCCGGCCCGGGGUUGUGACAAAGGGGAUGGUUGAGACCGGGUCUUGACGACUCGCACGAAGAAUGAUGAUGGUUUUUGGAUUGUGUUGUUAGUUUGCUCGAUACACACAUUGUCGGUUGGUUGACUGAAUUGUCCCGACCUUGACUACCUGUUCCUUGUUAUCACUGAAUCAAAGUUCCUCAUAAAA